UCCAUGACAGGAAGGUCAAGGCACAGAAGCAGACUCCCAGCUGGCCUCUCUCCUCCACCCUAACCGUGCAGAUCCGUGUCCCCGUUAAUACGCCGGUUAUUGUCGUUAAGAGGCGGCUAACGCUGGAGAGAGAGCCGCUGAACAUCCCGUGGAGCUCUGCUCUGAACACUUCAUCCUCCUGCGAGCAGAACACGAGACAAGUUCACGAAGUGUUCACUGAUCUUCAGAGUCAGCUAACGGUUCAGUGACGUGCCCGCCGUUACCGGGGCUGCAGCCGGUGAACGUUAAACUAACGGUUCAUGUAGCUGUUAGCUCCUGCUGCUAGCACGCUAGCUUUACCCAAAGGCUAACCGAGCCGAGGCUAACCGAGCUAAGGCUAACCGAGCCGAGGCUAACCGAGCUAAGGCUAACCGAGCUAAGGCUAACCGAGCUAAGGCUAACCGAGCUGAGGCUAACCGAGCCGAGGCUAACCGAGCCGAGUUUACCCGCCGUUAGCUGUGACGUCACUCACCGCGUAUAACGGGCCCGUUAAUGAGUCGUUAAUUCAGAGACCGGCUGCAGAUUCACUCACCGGACGGACUGAAGCGUUCACAGAAAAAAAAAAAAAGUCACAAGUGGCGCCGCUGCCUGUGGCCGCACGGUCCCGUUAGUUCACCGCACAGCCCGGCUCGGCUCGGCUCGGCUCGGCACGGCUCGGUAGCUUCAUGGUAAUACUCGGCUGCUCCAGCCAGCCCGGUGUUGGAGUCUCAGCUGCCCGUGCACGCUCGUUAAUUAAAGACUCGGUGACUUUAAGACACAGCGAAUCACCGCAUGUCCCAUGGCAGACGCCGUAGAGUCUGCCGCAGAAUGGCGACACCUGCCGGCCGGGCUGUGCAGCGGCAGCGGCGGCUCCUGCAGGGUGGAGCAGGUGGGUGGAGCAGGUCAUGUCCCACCUGGCUCUGUGAUGACAACAAAAAUAAUCCAUUUCAUGGUCAAUGGGAGGCUGGAGCAAGCUGAGUUUGGAGCCGACUGCUCUGCUGCAGAGGUUAAAGAUCUGUUCCGGGCGGCGGCGGAGGCAGGGCCCCAUCACAUCCUGAAGAUGUACAACACAAACGGCAGCAUGCUGAACAUCUCGCCCCGGCUGGAAGCCAACAGUGAGGACUCGUACUACCGCCUGGAGGUGGUGGCGUCAGAUCUAAAGAGCGUGGGGAUGCCAGUAGAGCUGAACAACAUGGAAUCCAGGCUGAAUCAUUUAGAGCGCAAAGUCAUCGAGGACGUGGGAAAGACUCCGGACAUCAUCUGCGAGCUGAAGAGCCAAGUGGAGUCUUUCAAGAGGAAGCUGGAGAGUGUGGAGCAUCUGAGCUGGAUGGGACUAUUCAAGGAAGACGGUGACCAGCAGCUCUCCAAGUUAUCCCCGAAACCCAAAACAUCUCACCUGAGCGUGCAGGAGGAGCGGCAACAAGUCCGCAGGAAGUUCCUCAACAUGAGCUCGCUGCAGGUGACUGAAGAAGUGAGAGAGCAUCUGAAAACUCCUAUUUUUGACAACUGGCAGUGGGAGGAGGCGGAGAUGCUGGUGCUCCUACAGGUGAUGUUCACCGACCUGGACUUCCUGACGGCGUUCCACAUUAAGGUGGACGUCCUGCAGAACUUCCUGUUUGAGGUCUACUGCCACUACAACAGCAUCCCCUUCCACAACUUCAGGCACUGCUUCUGCGUCACUCAGAUGAUGUACGGGCUCAUCUGGCUGACGGACCUCAGGAGUAAAUUAUCUCGAAUCGACCUGUUGAUCAUGUUGACCUCGGCUCUGUGCCACGACCUCGACCACCCCGGCUACAACAACGUCUACCAGAUCAACGCGCAGACUGACUUAGCUCUUCUCUACAACGACAUUUCCCCUCUGGAAAACCACCACUGUGCCGUGGCCUUCGGCAUCUUGUCCAAGCCGGAGUGCAACAUUCUCAUGAACGUGACCUGUGAGCAGUACAAACACAUCCGAGGAGGAAUGAUCAGAUGUAUUCUGGCUACCGACAUGGCAAGACACAACGAAAUUCUCAACAAGUUCAAAAUCAUGCAGCCAGUUUUCGACUUCACUAACAAGGAUCACAAAGAAGUGCUGAUGAAGAUCAUGGUGAAGGUGAGCGACAUCUCCAACGAGGCGAGGCCGAUGGCUGUGGCUGAGCCCUGGCUGGACUGUCUGCUGCAGGAGUUCUUCAACCAGAGCGACACAGAGAAACUCAAAGGACUUCCAGUGACUCCUUUCAUGGACCGAGACAAAGUGUCCAAACCGUCCUCUCAGACCAACUUCAUCCGAUUUGUCCUCCUGCCACUCUUCUCCGAGCUCACCAAGCUCUUCCCCUGUCUGGAGCAACACAUUCUGGAGCCGGUGCGACGGGCCCUGGAGUAUUACUCCGACCUGGAGAGAGCCGGCAAGGAGGAGCAUGGGACAACCAAAGCAUGAGGAGCAGCAGGGGGAGGCACAUGAGGAGGAGGUGUCUCAUGUAAAUAUGUGUGUUAGCUCACAGCAGUGGUGUGUUAGAGGAAGUUGUUGCUGCUGAAAAUUUGUCUUUUUUUUUUGGUGAAUUUUAGAAUUAGUCCAGCACGCUUGGAACCGGAUCGCCGCAUAAUUAGAUGUUCAGAUUUAGAUUUUUAGAAAACAAAUCUGCUGUUUAGUUCAUGUGGACUGAUUCAAACAGCUCCGUCUGACGGGUUAUGAUGAUGUUGAAGGAUAAGUCUGCUGAUGUUCUUUUAUUUUAUUUAGUCUUAGACUUGAAUCUUCAGGAACUUUCAAAUAUUUCAGUUUGAAAAAUACUGAUUUUGAAUUUCUUGCUUUAUGAUUACAGAUGUUUAAUUAUUGAUCAAUACAUUUAGGAAAGUUUGGCAUAUUUCUUGUGAAUACUGAUUAUAAAUAAAGAUGUGUGUGCAGUAUUUUAAAGGAUCAGUGUGUCCCCGUCGUGUCACUCCCUCCCUCCCGCUGCAGAAACAUUCAAACAAAUGAAAUGAAAAGCAUCAGUGUGAAAAAUACGUUAACUCAGGACUCAGACGACAUGUGAAGGUUAACUGAAAGCUUUAUUUUUAUCACUUCAUUUACAAAUAAAAAAAAAAGUGCAAAUCUC